CGCCACCAUUGCCAGCCACGUACAAAGACUGGAGGAAGGCAGAAUGCGGCGCCCCUCGACCGCCAAACCAGCGCCGACGACCGCCAAGCCGGCGACAAUGAAGUACGAGAGGACCAGUCGCCCAGCCACCAAGUCGGGCGAGCAACGCAAGCAGACGUCGGCGGGCGCCGCGACGGCCAAGGCGUUCGCCAUCAAAACGUUACUUGGGUACAUCGAGGCCAACGAUUUCCAACGCGCGUGGGACGAGCUCGACAAGUGCAAGCUCCCGGACCAGAAGGCGACGACGCAGGAGAAGAAGAAGCGUGGCGAAGCGGAGUCCGUCGUGCUCUACUCCGAUUCAAUUUGCGAAUUGUAUGGCAACGAGGCUGGAGAGCUGCGCAAGUCGAUCCUCUUCAAGCUCCUUCGCGAGCCCGAGAUGAAGGGGCUUCUCGAGCACGAUGCGAUGGCGCUCAUGCUGCAUCUGAAGUGGAAGCAUUUCGGCAACAAAAUGUACAUUCAGCAGUGCCUCUUGUACCUGCUGUUGCUGCUCACGCUCACGCUCUCCGUGUCGAUGGACCUCGACAACGGUCCGACCCCCGAGUUUCAUGGGCAGCUCUUACUCUGUCUUCACGGCAGCGUCGCGCUCGGCCUUGGAUUUGGCGCCACUUUCCUCCUCACACCCGAUACCAAUCGCAAGCAGUGGGGCCUCGCGACGUUCGGUGUCAUUGCCAUCGUCGACGUCGCUCUCUGGUUCGUCUCGGAGCUCAUUGCGUCGCACACGGACUGGAUCUGGUUUGUGCGCAUCAACAAUCUCCUCCUCUCGACCGUCGCGUCGUACUUUAUCUGGUUUGAGGUCUUGGAGCUCUACGGCGAAGUCAACGAGAACGCGACCAAGAACGGCGGGUUCUGCGUCGCGCUCGAAGCGCUCGUCGACUAUUUCAAGAGCUUUGUCGACAAGCCUGCGUCCCACUACUUCGAAUCGACGUUCAACAAGCUCCAACUGCCACUGUUUGUGGCCAUCUUUAUCUUUGGAUUCUGCGAAGUGCUGGCGCCGUCCUCGGGCGACGCCGAGCUCUACGUGAGCAUUACGCUCACGUUUGCAACGUGGGCGCUGAGCAUCCAGUACCUCGAGGUCCACGAGACCGCCGGCUACUUGAUCCCGAUGAUGAAGCACAUGCUGGACGACGUCCUCAAGUUCAUGGCCUUCUACGUUCCGUUUUUGGGCGCCUAUACGAUUGCCUACUACCUUCUUUUUCAAGGCCGGAACGAAGCCGCGUACAACACGAUGAGCCACAGCUUUGUCACGGCCUUUCUUGUCCUCGUCGGCCAAAUUGACGCAGACCCGUUUGAGAAGCUGCCGUCGCCCGGGCCGAUCGUGCUCGGCUACACGCUGCUGUUGACGCACGCGACGCUCGUCAUUGUGCUCCUCCUCAACGUGCUCAUUGCGAUGAUGAACGCGACGAUGGCCACCGACAUGGAGACUGCGCAACUCGACGCGAUCGUGAGCUUUGCCGAGUGCAUUCUCCGAAGUGAAAAGACAAUCAAGCUCCAAAAGUUGGUCCUUCCUAUCGCCGAGUCGUUGCCGGCGCCCGAGGAUGAUCCCACCCAAAUGGGAGACACGGAUACGACGUCGUCGGCGGCCACGAACGAAAUUUCUCGUUCCGACGCCAACACAGACAACGAGCAGCCGGACGUCGUCGUCACUAGCCUCGAGACGAUCCACGAUAGGCUUCUCGCCAUUGAGAAGCACGCGGCCACCAUAUCCGCCCUCGAGAAAGAAAACGCAGAGCUCAAAGAGAUGCUACGCCGCCUCGACGCGUUCCUCAACCUGCACAAGACGUAGUUGUAGGGAUGCCAAAUUGUUUUGUAAUUUUUAUAGCUAAAAUGUAUGGAAAUAUUGUCA